GGACGCAGCCAGAAACAACGACCACGCCGCUAAGUGACGCCUAUUUCCGGGUAUACCCGCAGUAUGAGGAAUGCCGACGUCAGUGUCAGCUGUUUUUACACAACAUGCUCUCAUGCCGGUAGGACAUACUUCCACAAUAACAUAGAAUGUGAUGAGAAGAAUCAGUCCUCCAGUCGACAACUGCAUAUUUAGUAUCGACUAACCAUCGGAUCGGGCCACCGCUUCACUAGUGACAGUAAGCGGGCUUGACUCCUAUGGUGGAUUUCCACGCCCAGCUGUACUCGCAUUCAAUCGGAUGAAAUCGUACAGGCAGCCGUUCAGAUAAGUUUUGUCCUUCACAUCCAUGGUGGUCAAUCUAGCUGAUGGAAAGGAACGCUGUCAAACAGCUCAGCAUGGUCUCCAGGCUGCCCAAGUUUGCUUCCCAACCCUCAGGCACCACCAUGACCCCCCUUCCCCAAGGAUCUGCCCUCCCGGUUUCCUCCUUAGAGUCUAAAGGUGGACCUAUAGGCAGGCACAAUAGUUUGACACGUGUGCAAUCCCUAAAUUGGAAAAAGGGUGAAGAGGAUAGUGGAAAUAAAGUGCAACACUCUGGCAGAUUGGAUGAGGAGAGUAGUGUACCUAUAGAUUCACAGAUGGUGACUAAAAAGCCUUCCCCUGCAGCUGCAGUUAAAUGUAAGAGUACAAUCCCCACUGCACAAAGUAGCUGUCCCAGGAGUAUACCCCAGCCUAGCAAAACCAUUUCCCGCAUGACUACUCCCAAACGCCUCUCCACAGGAAAUCCCCUCAAUGGUAUAGCUACUCUGAAUGGAGUCAGUGGUGGUAAUGGGCAUUAUGGCUCCUCAGGGCCUGGUCUCAGUCAUGUAUCCCAACAAAGAACCCUGCAGAGCAAACUGUCCCUGUCCAACGACAGUGCAAAGUCUGCCUCUAAAGAGAGCAUAGUGCGCUCUCAGAGUUUCACCCACUUCAAGAGGGCAGCUUGCCUCACCAACCCACCUAUGACCCGUUCCUUCUCCUUUAACAAAGCUACAGAGCUUGCUCAAGAACUCCCAAAACCUUUAGCACAAUCUCCAGUGGCUAGAUCACCCCUCAUUCAGCCAAAUCCAGUAUUAUCCGAGGGGAAAGUAGGUAAAUAUGGGAUUGCAAAGCCCUCUGUAACUACUAGUGGUCAUCUUUUGCCAACAACCACAAUAAAGAAAUCCCUUUUACCCAGCUUUUCAGUUAAGAAACCCUCUGUGCUCAGUUAUAGACUUACACGUCCAACUCUCACCAAACAUCUCCGUCCUGUUGUCCCCGGAACUGUCCAAAAAGAAGCAGAAUUAAGUAAAAAUAUCCAAGACCCUACACCGAUGGCAGAAACCAGUUCAGAACCAGCUAGCAACAAUGAAAGUAUUGAAACUACCCCAAGUGACACUUCAUUUGAAGUAAAGGAAGUUGAAGACAUUCUGGGCCCCUCCAUGGAGGUCUUGGAGGAUAUGUCGCUAUCAUCAUCCUCCUCUGUGGAGAAUAAUGAUACUAGUGAAGAGUACAUGGAUGACUUUGAUAAUCUCGGAAAUGGAGGUGAGACCCUGUUUCUGCCUGUCUUCAAUGAGGGGUUUGACCACUUAGGACUAUGUACUGAUGACGGCACUCUAAUCACCAAGUGCAAUGAGGAAUCAUCGGUGACCAACCUGCACACCUUCUUAUCCGAAACUGUUGACUGGGCAGGGAUGGGACUUGCAGCUGGUAAAGAUGACUUUGUGCAUGAGACGUCUCCAACAGAUGAUUUUCCUCAUGGCUCGUCUCUGGACCUGUCGCCCUCAGACAGCUCUGGAGGGACUUACAUGUGGGAUGAAGAGGGGAUGGAGGCACUGGGAGGCUCUGGACACCCCUGUGGAAGCUUUGGCUCUGAUCUCAACAGCAUGGACAUUCUCAACAACCUGGAGAAUGUGGAGUCAUGUGACCUGGAGGAAGAUGAUCUCAUGUUGGAUUUGGACUUGUCUGAAGAUAUAUCAUUCCACAGUGACACUGAUGGGAUAUCACCUUAUGAGUGCUCUGAAAAAGAUGGCUGGCCCAUUCAGAGGAGACGACAGCAACACUGGGGCAGGAGUGAAAACAGAACUGACAUUUUGCAGUCGUUUGACGGGUUUAGGGGACAGGGACUGGAGAGUUCAAUGUCAGAUCAUGUGACACUGGAUGAGCUGACGCUGAAACUCAUGGUUCAAGACUGCUCUUCUGUCAAAGAACAGCUGCUUCAACUGAAGGCACUGCUUCAGAUGGAGACAGAUGGUUCUGUUGAAGAGACUUUUGGGGCUUAUACACCACAAUCCAUUGGCCAAUCUUUACUUGAUCAGAAGGUGGGGCUGCUCCUGAAAGAGGUUCAAGAACUGAGAAAUGAGCUCAGAAGCAAAGACAGGACGAUUGCUGAACUUUCCCAGCAGCUGUCUUCUCCAGUAGAGGAUAUGCAGUGCCGCUGCCUGCAGGCGUCAGAGGCUAACAAGGAGUCAGCGGAGCACCAGGACAAGGAUACUCAAACCUUGUGGAGGCCACAUAAUCUUCAGAUACUACAGACUCCCAGAUUCUUACCCAACAAGCUCCACAACCAUGAAGGACUAUCCAGUCCAACCUCUACAGGGGCCCCUUGUGACAGUUUGGAUGCCGAGCUUAGUCACCAUCCACUGAUGCCCACGUCCUGCUCUCCACACCUACAAAGUCCCAUCGCUGUUGAGUCUACCCCAAAUAGUACUUUACCAACGGUAACUAUAUCUGCUGAUAGCACUGCUGCCUCCUCUUCCAGAACUUUUCAGAGCUCUGAUCCUGCUGAGCUCGGCCUCGUGAGCAGCCAGCUUAAAAUCAAUGAGCCAGCAAGCCCACCAGCUUCUGCUAGCUUUUGCUGUAAGCUAGAGAGAGGUAUACAAAAACUUUCUUUGAGAAAAAGCAAUUUUUCAACCCUACAGCCACCCACCUAUACUAAGAGAGCUUCAACACUCAUCAAGCCCCAGGAAGUACAGCGGGUCAGUGUGGUCAAAGGAGCCCUAGGUAGGGUAGGAGCCACAGGUCUAUCCAAAAGACAUCAACUGUUACCAGCUUCCGGACUACCCUGCAUAAACCCAGCCCAACAGACUACCAUGGACACCACAACUGUAGCACCAGUAUGUAAUAAACAAAAUCAAGGGUGCAGACAGUCUCUAUUUCUUGGAAAGAUAGAGAGCAGUUUGCCCAGAGCUCGUGCUCCCCUUCAGCCCAAACAUUCCCGCCUUCCUAAGCCAAAGGCACUUUCUUCUCUCCCAAACCCUGCAUCUCAACAAGGUCAAACAACAACUACCCCCACUCUGCCUUCUCGUAUGCUUCCACAAUUCUAGAUCAGCUAAGCAAAGCUUAGGGCAUCUCACCAGAGUAUACAAAAGCUGCUUCUUAAUGCCCUGCUUAUAAGGCACCAGUCAAGUAUGCUGACUAAUAUUAAGGUAUUCUUUAAAACCAUGCAGCAUUGCUCGCUCUGCUGGGCUUCAAACAAAUAACGCACUAAAGCUAUCCGUGUUACCCUGCAAAUUAGGAAUUCCAUGAAAAAAAGUGAUUCUCCACUGUAGCUCCACUACAAAUGGUUUGAAUCAAAUUGAUUUUAUAUAUGUUGAAUAUAGAAGGUUAUUUAGCAAGAAACCUGAUCACUUCUACUUGCUUUUUGCCCACAAUAAAAAGUGUCUUUUUUUCUGAGCUUGCUAGUGCUAGAAAAAAAAAGUCUUGUACUUUUUACAUCCCUGCAGUACAAAUAUGCAAGCCUACCAAUACAGAUUCGCUUCCUUUGGGCUGAUCUUGCCAGUUAUUCUUACUAUGUACAAAAUGUGACACAGGUAACCACUAUUUUUUUCUGAAUAAUGCACUAAGUUGUAAGAGACACUAUUGUCUACCUUGUACCUAUGCACCUUGCAUAAGAUAUUUCUUCUGAUAUUCUUCUGAUAGAUUAGCAAGGCGCCACUUCUCUAGACCAAAACCAAGUAUCCUUAUUGCUCCUGCAUCAGUUUUUUGUAUUGCGCUUAUGGACCUUUAUCUCAUCCUUAUGGAUGAGACAGACUUGCAUUUUCCUGUCUUAACUACCACCAAAUGUUGUAUGUGCGCCGCGUGGGCCGUGAUGAAGAGUGCCCACUGAGAUUUUCAGAGAAGUUGUCUCCUUCAAUUGCUUUUCUACACAUCUCUCUUCAUAGCUUUGUUCUUUUCUGCUAGCGCGAAGAUUGUGUCUUGCAGGAAUUAGCCUCCCACCACCGUACCUAAUGAGAGCAAGUUCUGGAAGCUAAGUUGAUCUUAACAACAGUAUGUGUUGUAAGGCCUUGAACAUAAUAAGAAAAGAAAAAAUCUGGCUGUGAGGAACAUUGACCUACACAGUGAGAGAGUUAGAAGUGGUUGACAUGGUUACUUUACAAUUACAGUGACUUUGCCAAGUAAGGUAUGUUUCUUGAUUAGGAAUCUUUUUGGUCCUGGACUACAUUACUAAGAAUUACAGUAUGUUAUACCAGGGCUAAAAAAGAGACAACUUACAUGCCAUAGUCAGGGUGAACUGUGCUUGAUUGUGAAUUGCAGGAAUCAAGGGAUGCUGUGUGCACAUAUUUGCGUUCAAACUAUUUUGGCAAAAUAAAACCGUUAAACAGUGAUUGAAGAACAAAUCAUAAAACAAGGAAAUUGAUGAUUUAUUAUGGCUUUACAUGAAAUCUUAAGGACCUAAAUCCUAUGGCAUUCAUGCAAACGGGUGCGCUAACAAGGAUGCAAAAGACUGCUGCCUCUUGAAACCAGGGGAGUGAGGUUUACCUGUGCAGCUUUUACUAGCAGGCCUGCGUUACACUCACCCCCCCCAAACCUCACUCCCAUCUGGGUCAUGGCACCAAUGCAACCGGUUCCGCCUGACCAGUUCCGAGUGAGGCUCGGCAUGGUAGGUGGGUGCAAUUACAAGGACACUAAAGAAUACAUCCUCUAUCAUCAGUCGCUAAUGCACCUCUUUAGGAAAGCUCUUACUAGCCUCUUGUUACAUCCAGGUCAUACCUGAUUAUAAUGUUAAAAUAAUUAUACUAUAAUGUAUAUGACAUUCAAUGCCACACUCAUCAGUUUCUUUUCAGCUUUCUUAUUUUUUGUUAUCAAAAUUAGGGAAAGUUAUUAUUUAUAGAUUUCAUUCAUUUUAGAAUAAUUUUAGCUAAGUUUGUUAAAAAAAUGAGCAGUUCCCUUUUUCUUACAGUCUCUCCUUCCCCCCAGUUUCCAAACUGGAAAAAUCCCACUUUCUCUACUCUUGUAGUUCAGUCUCGUGAAACGUAAAAUGCCCAAGCUUUGCAGCAGCAGCCCUUACUUUCAUUCCAUGUCUAUUCACAUCAAGAUUCAGUCUGUCUGAUUGCCUUACCAAACACUGCAGUACAUGGUUAGCACAGCCACUGACUUAUCUGGUGUGAAUCCAUCAGGCCCUUCAAUCAGCACUAUCUUGCCUGGCAGCUUGCUACACAUACCACUGCAAGUCAAACUGUUUAUCCCCUCCAUGUCAGUUCAUCUUAUUUCAUUUAUCUCAGCUAUUCUUUGCCACUUCAACAUGCAUCUUCUAAUGAGGCUGUUGAGAUGGCAUCCACCUUGCAUUAGACGCUGUAGAUGUUAAAAAGGGUUUAAUGAUAUAGAUCUUUAAUACGGUGGAGAUGAGCCUGAUGCAAUGGCUAGAUUAGUCCUAAACCCUCACCCUAAUCCCUAAAUCCUCCUCAAUGUGCACCCACCUCACAGAAUCGCUACCUCUACCUAUGCUCUCCACUCCUGGCCUCAGCUAUUGCUGUAGAUAUAUUUGAGUGAGUAGACGAUAUCUCUUCUGAUGAACCCUAGAUGAGAUGAGGUGUUCUUUUGCUGAAGUGUUUUGGAGUGAAGAUGAUAGUCUCUGUCAAUGGAGGAUAGUGGAACCCUUUCUGAAGGCUCGAGGAAACUCUGUAACAUCUUAUUUUUUUCAUAUAUGACUGACAAAAAGUAGCCAGUGAGAGAUAAAGAGGUCUUUUCCUACUUAAACAUGAAGCAAGUUACUGCAGAUCUUCUAUGAUUAUGAAUAUCAUUAAUGGUUAGUGCAUACGUAUUAUCAAAUCUUCUUAGCAGAGUGUAUAGUACAAGUAUAGUUUAUCGCUUUAACUAUGGACAUAUUCCAAUGACCUUUGCCAGCCACAAAUAGUCACUCGAUAAUGUAAAUCUGUCAAUUGUUUUAUAAUUUUAAACUUAACUUAUUGUGAAAUGUUUGGCUUGGCUACUUAUUUUGAUAUUUUAUGUCAUGUCACAAUCUCAUGACACAAUGUCAUACAUUUUUAAAAUGUGGCUUAAGCCCCCAAAUACUUUUCUUUUGCCAUACAGCUCAGUUAUUUGCCUCCCAGUAGUAUGGUGGAACAAAAGAAAUUUAAUUUAGGACAUUUCAUUUACGUUGUGGAGAGUAAAGGAGGGACAAAGCUCUUAUGCCCAUCCUGUCUGGGCCCAUUCUUGUCUGCACAUUUCUAAUGUUUAAUUUUUCACAUAUAAUACAUAAAAAAUGACAAAAAUCUUGGUUGACAUGUUCAGCGAAGAGUUUGAUCUCGGUAAGGCAAAGGGGGCAGGAGUGUGACUGAAAAAUCCGAUCUCUACCUGCUGGCUUAUGCAGGUGGGAGCAUGACCGAAUAUUGCAUAAUUUUUGCAGGAGUGGGCAGAAUCUCACAGGAACAGGCUCAUGCAGGUCUGAAAAAUCCAAGAAACAUUAAGUGGUACACUACUGUUUUCACAAUGAUUUAAAGGUUUAGGAAAUAAAAACUAAUGUCUAUGACUUCACUUUUAUUUUAAGUCUGUAUAAAAUGCACAAACAUUAGAGUGCGUCUGUGGCCUCACUAUCCUUUGAAUAUGUGGAUUACUUGAAACAUUGUCUUUGUGGGUAUAAAAUAAUUGGGUUUGUGUCUUUAGAGGUGGUAACUAUUAUAAACACUGUUUUAUUAGGGAGAUUAUGGUUUCAACGUGUUGGGUUUCAAUUUCUUUUGUCUCAUUUGAAGCAUGCAAACGUUGAAGAAACAAUACCAUUGUGUCAUUAUGUCUCCCUGUAUUAUUAGAUAGAAUCAGAUGCAGCAAUGUGCAUCAUAACACUAUUAAUUUGCUCUUUUAGUACUGUUUUAUUGUCCGUUAUGUUGUAUGCCAUCUGUUUACUUGAUUUUUGCUACAUUAUGACUGUAUGAAAAUUGCACUGCCCUAUAAUGUAAAACUCUGUUCAAACUUAAUUUAUUUGUGCAUUAACAAAUGUGUGUGUGUGUGUGUGUGUGUUACAUAUAAAAGAAAUCCCUUAAUCAUAUUAUAUGCACUUUAAAUGUAAAGACAUGAGAUGAGAGAUGUUUUCAUGUGCUUAACAUCUUUCCAUGAGGCUGAGUGUCCAAGAACUCUAAAUAAAGACAGCAACAAAAGCUA